AUGCUUUUGAAAGCUUUCAUUUUCCUUUUGGCUAGUUUUGCAGCUAAAGUAUCCGCGUUGAUGACAAACGAAACAAGUGACAGACCUUUGGUCCAUUUCACUCCCAACAAAGGUUGGAUGAACGACCCAAAUGGGUUGUGGUACGACGAAAAAGAUGCUAAAUGGCAUCUUUACUUCCAAUACAACCCCAAUGACACCGUCUGGGGUACACCAUUAUUUUGGGGCCAUGCUAGUUCCGACGAUUUGACUCACUGGCAAGACGAACCUGUCGCUAUCGCUCCCAAGCGUAACGACUCAGGUGCUUACUCUGGUUCUAUGGUUGUUGAUUACAACAACACCAGUGGCUUUUUCAACGACACUAUUGACCCAAGACAAAGAUGUGUGGCCAUUUGGACUUACAACACUCCUGAAAGUGAAGAACAAUACAUCAGUUAUUCUCUUGACGGUGGCUACACUUUUACCGAAUAUCAAAAUAACCCCGUUCUAGCUGCUAACUCUACUCAAUUCAGAGAUCCAAAGGUUUUCUGGUAUGAACCAUCGCAAAAAUGGAUCAUGACAGCCGCCAAGUCCCAGGACUACAAAAUUGAAAUCUUCUCCUCCGACAACUUGAAAUCCUGGAAACUAGAGUCCGCCUUUGCCAAUGAGGGUUUCUUGGGCUACCAAUACGAAUGUCCAGGUUUGAUCCAGGUCCCAACUGAGCAAGACCCCUCCAAAUCUCACUGGGUGAUGUUUAUUUCCAUCAAUCCAGGUGCUCCCGCCGGCGGUUCUUUCAACCAGUACUUUGUCGGUUCAUUCAACGGUACUCAUUUCGAAACUUUCGACAACCAAUCCAGAGUUGUAGAUUUCGGUAAGGACUACUAUGCUUUGCAGACUUUCUUCAACACCGACCCUACCUAUGGCUCCGCUCUAGGUAUUGCGUGGGCCUCCAACUGGGAAUACAGUGCUUUUGUUCCAACUAACCCUUGGAGAUCAUCGAUGUCUCUGGUCAGAAAGUUUUCCUUGAACACUGAAUAUCAAGCUAACCCAGAGACUCGUUUGACCAAUUUGAAGGCCGAACCAAUCUUGAACGUUAGUAAUGCAGGACCAUGGUCUAGUUUCGCUACUAAUACCACCUUGACUAAGGCCAAUUCCUACAGCAUUGAUUUGAGCAACUCCACCGGAACUUUGGAAUUUGAAUUGAUUUAUGCUGUCAACACCACACAAACUGUUUACAAGUCUGUCUUCAGCGACCUAUCUCUGUGGUUCAAGGGUUUGGAAGAUUCUGAAGAAUAUCUAAGAAUGGGUUACGAAGUCAGUGCUUCUUCCUUCUUUUUGGACCGUGGUAACUCCAAGGUCGAGUUUGUCAAGGAAAACCCAUAUUUUACCAACAGAAUGUCUGUGAACAACCAACCAUUCAAGAUUGAGAGCGAUUUGAGCUAUUACAAGGUGUACGGUCUAUUGGAUCAAAACAUCUUGGAAUUGUACUUCAACGAUGGUGACGCGGUUGCCACAAACACCUAUUUCAUGACCACCGGUAACGCUUUAGGAUCCGUGAACAUGACCACUGGUGUUGAUAACUUGUUUCACAUUGACAAAUUUCAAGUGAGAGAAGUCAAAUAG